GUGAGCCUGGGGGCGGAGUCACCUGUCAGGGGGCGGAGCUGCCGGUGAGCCGUUGCCGUGACGAUGAUAGCGACAGGAGGACUCCUGCGAAUCAACGCGCGACGUCAAGACUCACUCCGGACCAAACCCCGAGUCAAACCCAAGAAACCCCGAAAGAAGAGGACUCAGGAGGUGGUGGUGGUCCCGGGUCGUCUUCAGGUCUGUUCCGUGUCGGGUUUUGUGGCGGCGCUCGGGCUCCUGGUGCUGGUGGUGGGCGGAGUCUUGGCGGCGGUCGGGUACUGCCCCCAGGACCUGCUGUUCAACUCCUCUGCACCCGCCCAGGUGGAUUUUGAUGAAGUUUUAAACUCGACUCACGACAACAAAACACUGAACCUCGUCCAGACGCUUCUGCACAGGUUCCUGGACUCGGACCGGCUGAAGGUUCUGGGUCCGUUGGUGAUGGGCGUCGGGAUCUUCCUGUUCCUCUGCGCCAACGCCGUCCUCCACGAAAACCGAGACAAGAAAACCAAGAUCAUCAAACUCCAGGACAUCUACUCCACUGUGAUAGACCUGCACCAGACCAGAGACCGGACCAGGGACCAGACCAGAGACCAGACCAGGGACCAGACCAGAGACCAGACCAGGGACCAGACCAGGGACCAGAUCAGGGACCAGACCAGAGACCGGAUCAAAGACUGGACUAGGGACCAGACCAGGAUCCUGACCCAAAACCUGGUCCCUGGUCCGGAUCUGUGGGAGCGCGUGAAUGGAGACCCGGGCUGUGGCACAAAAUGGCUGCCUAGGAAAGGAGGAAGUGUGAAGGAAAGGAGAGAGGAGACAAGGGAGCAAGGGAGCAAGGAGGGAGGAGACGAGGAGGGAGGAGACGCGAAGGGAGUAGACGAGAAGGGAGGAAACGAGGAGAGAGGAAACGAAGGCGCUCAAUCGAAGUGGUGGACGAGAAGAGGAUGCAGCCUGAAGGAGAGAGGAGACAAGGGAGCGCAAACAAAAUGGUGGACGAGGAAAGGAGGCAGCAUGAGGGAGAGGAGGGAGGAUACAAGGGCGCAAGGAAGCAAGGAGGGAGGAGACACGGAGUUAGGAAACAAGGAGAGAGGAAAUGAAGGAGCUCAAGCAAAGUGGUGGAUGAGGAGAGGAUGCAGCCUGAAGGAGAGAGGAGACAAGGAGAGAGGAGACAAGGAGAGAGGAGCCAAAGAGCAAGGAUAUGAAGGCGCGUGGGCAAAAUGGUGGACAAGGAAAGGAGGCAGUCGAGUGGGCGGGGCCAGUCUCCACCGAGCGCCACCCCUAAAACGCCAAAGAGCGACCGCGGCCAAUCGGAGCGCGGAGCUGGACGCCUCCUUCUCUCUGAUUGGCUCGCGCUCCUUCUCCUGCUCUCUGAUUGGUUCCCAGAGGCCGCUGCUGAUGACGUCGCGCUCCUCGCUCGGACCCGCCCCCCGCACGCCCCCGGCCAAUCGCAGGAGCAGCUGCGUCUGA